AUGCGUUCAUCAACUUUGUUCUUUGCUGGCCUUGUGGCUGUAGCACAGGCUCAGAUCAGCGCCGAUAUCAUCGCUCAGAUCCCUUCUUGUGCAACUGGUCCACUGGUUUCCGGUAUCGCAGCCUCUGGUUGUCAAGUCACAGACUCGGCUUGUAUUUGCGGCAACCAGACGCUCAUUUCCAACCUGAAGACCGCCGUUCGGGCGCAGUGCAGUGAAGCCGAUCUAGCCAAGGCUCUCGCAGUUACCGCCCAGAUCUGUCCUCAAGCCGCCGCACCAGCAGCUGACGCCGCAUCCUCGGCCUCUGAAGUCGCGACAUCUGCCGCCGCUGCCGCUUCCUCCAUCUCGUCGGUUGCGGCAACUGCUGGUAUCACCACUGAUGCUGGUAGCCCUGUAACCACUGCCCCUUCAAUGGGUACAGGCAGUGCCAUGAUCAACUACACCGCCACAACUGGUGACUACACUGCCCCUUCCACACCCACCGUUACCCCCAGCACUGGUGACGCUGCUCAGAGUUUCGGUCUGGGAUCCAUGGUCAUGGGAAUCGCUGCUUUGGGUAUGUUUUUCGCUGGCCUCUAA